AUGUGCAAGAGCAAGCUUGCGGCAAAGGACAACGAGGUGAACCGCUUGAUGGAGCUACUCCAUGACCUGGAGGAGCGCCAAAGCACGCAAAGUGGUUCGCAGCCCAGUAAGGCCGAGGCUCAGCGAUUGGAAGAAGAGCUGGAAGAGCUGCGCCGCAGCAAUGCAUCAGCCUUGGCCACAGUUCGGGAGCAAAACGAGGCGCUAUCGGAGCAAGUGAACACGUUGAAGGAACAGGCACAGCAGAGCGCCAGCCAGCUGAGCCAGUUCCGAGAGUACCAGUCCAAAGCCUUCGAGCUCAAAUCCGCCAAUGACGCUCUCAACGAACAGUUGGAUGCCGUCAACGAGGAGAUCCAGCAAAUGCAGGCCGAACACAAAGAAGAGCUCGACCAGCUUCAAAAGGAACUCUCGACUCUGCAAAGCGACAGACAGGCACACCACCAGGCAGUGGCGGCUCAGAUUGACUCCAAAGUAAAAGCAAUACGACUUUCUUUAGAGAGUGAGAAGCAAAGUUUGGAGCAGCAGCUUGAGGAUGCGAGGGAGAAUGCACGUGUCCAGCUUCAAGCUGUGUCAUCCGAGCGAGACCACUUGCAACUGCGAUUGCACGCGCAGGAGGUCGAAGUUCAGGCCUUGAGGGACGCAGUGGGCUCGGUUCCCGAGGAGAAGCAGUCCGAGGAACAGGCUGAGUCCGAGCCACGAGUCGUGCAAGCUCAGCAAGUCGAAAGAGCCAAAGCCUUGCGAGAGCAGAGCCAGUUUGCUUUCGAUGAGAUGACCAGGCAUCUGGCAGAGAUUCGAGAAGCAGGAGAGACUGAGCGCAAGCGCUUGCAAGCAGAUCUCGACCAGCAGCUGAAGCAACGCGCCGCGGCUUUGCUGGAGGUGCAGAAUGAGAGGGACAGCCUGCAGACACAGGCCGAAGCACUCGAGCAGGCCAACAAGGCUGUGUCUUUGCAGCGGGACGAGAUUGCCAGACAGCUGCGCGAGAAGGAACGGAUCAAUCAGGAGCUUGCCGAUGAGCUGGAGGAGCAACGGGAGCAAUUCAGGACAAAUCAACAAAGAUACGGCGUCUUGUCGCUCGUCCACAGCCUGCAGCGCAGCACCGUUUUGCCUGCCUUCUCACUUCUGCGCAGAGCGCUCCCGCCUCAGCAGGGGCCGGCCCCGGAGGAGGCAGAGGCCUCUUUCAGCGACGCGGAGUCGGAUGAUUCCUACGGUUUGGAUGAUCGCGGCCAGCAGGAGUUCGCACAACUGAUGAAGGACAACACAUUUGAAUCCCUCUUCGUUGGAGCGGACAGGGUCAGCGAAGAUGCUACUGCUGUCACUGGUGAGUUGCAAGAGCACAUGACCAACAUCGUGACUUCCCUAGAACUCUUUCCGCAGAUGCAUACCGGUCUCAUGCAGGAGCUAGACAAGAGGGGUUUUGGAAGAGAGCUGCGGAAGUUUCUGCUUCUCAUGCAGAGGGCCAUGGGACGCUCGGUCCGCAUGGCCAGCACGAUGGCUGAGCUUACUGAUAAGCAUGCGAAUGUGAACGUGCGACUGAAGAACUUGCUUGGCAGCAAGAAGCUGGAGUGGCAUAUGAAGAGCUUGCGCAUCUCCGGGCAACAUGAAGUGCUUCUGCGCUUCCAGAGGAACCAAACAAAAGCUCUAAAGGCCGACUUGGACGAUGUGCUCGAGCAGCUCGGGGAUCAAUGUGAGCAGAAUCGCAAGGUGAAGCAAGAGCUCGAAGAUGCCCGUCAACAGCUGGAAGCCUCGAAAGGAACUCAGGAGGAGGAGCUCCGCAUUCAGCUGGAAGCUUCGAAGGACAGCGAAGCCAGGCUGCGUAGUCAGUCCCUGGAGCAAGACCUGCACUUGCGAGAAGUUCGAGAACAGCUCGACGCAGCCCAAAAGCAAAUCCAGAGCCUGGAAGCAUUGCAGAACGAAGGAGCCGACCGAGACGGAGCUAAGGGACCGCGGCAAACGGAGCAAAGCUCGGAAGCCUCAGGUCCAGGCCCCGGUCCUCCCCAAAGCCAAGAGGAUGCGGAUUCCGUGGCGGAGCCUGCUGUUGCUGUUAGUGCCAGUGCUGCUAGCGGCAAGGGCCAGAAGGGGAAGAAGGGACCCCCCAAGAAGGGUCCACCCAUGCCUCAAGGCGAGUCUGAACCAAGCGCGGUUCCCACUCCCACGCCAGAGGAUUCCACGGUUGCCGAGGAUGCGACACCGGCGCCCAAAGGAAAAGGAAAAGGGAAGAAAGGUCCAGGUCCGCCUCCGCCCAAAGCCUCGCAAGAGGCCUCCGAAGAGCCUGAUGAGCCUAGCGCGACGGAGGACGCACCCCCGAAGGCAAAAGGAAAGGGGAAGAAAGGUCCUGGCCCGCCUCCUGCGAAGGCCUCGCCAGAGACCGUAGCCGAAGAGCCCAGCGUGACAGAGGAGGCACUUCCGCAGCAGGCGAGUGCAGUGCCGAGCAAGGGCAAGGGCAAAAAAGGUCCACCGAUGCCGCCUGGAAAAGGAGCCGGACCUGCCGGACCCGCACCAGGGCCAAGCUCCGGCGAGGAGAAGCAGAGUGCGGAGGGCGUCGAAGGCGCAGUUACCCCGAAGAAGGGAGGGGGAGGCAAGCCUGCUCCGCCGAAGGGAGGGAAAGGAAAGGCCGCCGGCAAGGGCAAGACUGCGUUGCCCGAUGUUGAUCCUGGUCCGGAGCCUCCCAAGCACCUCGUUGGGAAGAAGUUUCAUUGGACGAACGUCGUGGGCACUCGCUUUGCUGGUUCCAUGUUCCAGCAGAUUGUGGAGAGCCUCAACUCGAACAAGACGGAACAUGUUGAAGCAGAGCCCGAUGAUAAGGCAGAGACGAAGCAGGAGCCAGAGAGAAAGCCAAAGAUGCACACUCUGCUCGAGAAGCUGACCGGCACCUUUUUCAAGAGUAAGGAGGAGCCGCCAGAUGCUGCGGGGAAGGAUCAAAAAGAGGCCAGGAAGAAGACCGUGGCACAGUGCUUGCCUCCCAAGAAGAGCCAAGCUGUGGAGAUUUUCCUGAAUGGCUGCGGGGUAAAUAUCGAUCACGUGCGGAGAUGUGUUUUGGAUCUCGACGCCUCUGAGAGGGCUUUGAACGCUGAGAACUUAUCGAAGGUGAUCGAGCUGUACCCCAAGGGCGAUGAGCUCCAAGAGCUGAUGGAUUUCAAGAAGGACAAUGAUCCCACGGUGCUGCCUUGGGCUCGCGCCGAGGAGUUUCUGAUCCAGCUUAUGGAUAUCUCUGACUUCAAGGUGAGGGCCGAGUGCUGCCUGACACGGGGUAUGUUCGCCUCUGAGUGCGACGAGGUGGAACGGGAUCUUGCGACACUGCACGCAGCUCUGACCGAUACAUGCAAAUGCGAGAAUCUGCGCAAGAUCUUCACGGUCAUCAUGCAAAUUGGCAACUACCUGAACCACGGUACAAACAAAGGUGCCCAGCGAGGGUUCACUUUGGACACACUACCUCUGCUCAGCCGAGUGGAAGGGUUUGAGGGCAAGGCAUAUUCACUUCUCCGUUUCAUUAUGGACGAAGUCGAUGUCGAUGUCAAGGCAGGAGCGAUGCUGGAGCUGAAGUUCUGUGAAGAAGCUUCAAAGUUGGACUUUGACGAAUCUGUGCGACGCCUCUCCGAAAUGCAGAAGCAGCUCGCCAUCCUGGAAGAAGCUCUUGGUCCUCCAGGUGAUGGAGAAGGCGAGGGCAAGGAGAAGCCGAGCAGGUUUGGCGAACACUUCGAAGCCGAGAUGCGAUCGUUCCUCACAGAUGCGAAGCUCCGUGUUUCCAAGUCGCAGCAGCAGUCCGAUGAGGUCCAGGAGCUCAGCAAGACCUGUUGCGACCUGUUUGCCGAGAAGCCACGAACACCUGCGCCGGAGACUCUCGGCAAGUUGGCAGCCUUUCGCAAGGACAUGGAUGCGGCUACGAAAGCCAAUCUGCUGUGGAAGGCCAAGAUGGACAACAAGAAGAAGAGAGAGCAGGAGAAGGCCCAGAAGGCCUCAACGUUGGAGGUCCCGCAAUCCGUGGAUGCAAAGAGCGUGAGGAGCGGGGGGGAGCCUGCGGAGCCUCCGGAGAUUUCUCCUCCGAAGAUGAAGACGAUGCAGGUGCAGGAGCCUCGCAUCUCCUUCUUGGCCGUGCCCCUGCAG